AUGUUGACUUUCUUGACUCGCAGCGGCCACGUGAAACCGCUCCGCCUAGCCGCUGGGACACUCGCAGCGGCUUACUUGCUUCGUCAUCACACCGCUGCGACAAGUACGAACGCGGCAGGGAACGAGGUAUUUUCCCAGCGGUCUCGCAACACCGCUGCCUUAGGCCGCUCCCGCACUUGGUCUCCAUUUCUUGAGUCUUCAUCUCUCGAGCGUCUACAGCGGCUUCGGACAGCUAAGAUCAGGAACGAAAUCUCCGGAUUUCAACAAAAAGGUCUAGAGAGCUUCAGUGAAGCAUGGGAAAGGUUCAAGGGUUAUUGGUCUCAGUGCCCUCAUCAUGGUUUCAGCAAGGAGAGCUUGCUUAGCACCUUCUAUAGAGGAGCCUUACCACAGUGCAGAAACAGGCUUGAUACUGCCAGCAAUGGUUUCUUCUUGGGGAGAACUGAAGAAGAAGCAGAGGAACUGGUGGAGAACAUGGCUAAGAGCGACUCAGUCUACAGCGAGGAGCAUGAUAGGGUCAACAGAAAUGAUGAUCAACAGACAAAGAGAGAGAUCAAGUCCCUGCAGGAGAAGAUGGACUUGCUUCUUUCUAACCAAGCUAAACAAGAGCAGGUCAACUUUGUGGGUGGUCCUAUUCAAGAGAUUCCUCCCAAGAUUAAUGAGUACAACAACUACCAGCAAAAGUCCUACUCAAACAACCAGCAAGGAGGAUACCAGCAGAGGCAAAACACUCAGCAAGGGAGCUAUCAGCCUAGGCAAAACACCCCUCCUGGUUUCAACAAUAACAACAAUCAGUCUACUCAAGCUCAAGGAAGUUCUUCACAGGCUCCAGCUUCAGAUACAAGUGUGGAUGCAAUGUUCAAGAAACUUUUGGAUUUUCAGGCCAAGAAUGAGAAGACAAUGGGUUAUGAGUUCACGAAAAUUCACUCCAAGAUUGAUGGAAGUUACAAUGAGCUCAACAACAAGAUCCGCCAUUUGGAGAAUCAGUUUGCUUCAAUGAACUCUCAGCCAAGUCGCCAACAAGGGGCAUUACCUGGAAAGCCAGAGCAAAAUCCCAAGGAGACAAUGAAAGCCAUCACCCUUAGGAGUGGAAAACAGCUACCACCAAGAACUCUCAUUAGGGAUAAUGAGAAGCAAGAUGGGGAGGUGGUCAUCAAUGUGGAUGAUGAUGUAGUUAUUAUGGAUGAGAAGACCAAUGAAGAGAUCUUGGAGAAAAUAGUUGAAGCAAAAGGAAAGGGUAAAAUUGGAGAAGAAAAGAAGGGGGAGAACAAGAAUGAAGUUGCUACUUCAUCAAAAGAAGCUCUAUUCAAUCCUCCUCCCUAUGAACCAAAACUUCCUUUUCCCGGUAGAUUCAAGAGACAGCUUUUGGAGCAAUACAAGGCUUUAUUUGAGAAACAAAUGAGUGAAGUUCAGAUUACUAUGCCCAUAAUUGAUGCCUUCAUGCUAGUGCCUCAAUACAGCAAGUUCCUCAAGGAUGCUGUAACUAAGAAGAAGAAGGAGAUGGAAGGCAUGGUGGUUCUUACUCAUGAGUGUAGUGCUAUUAUCCAAAGGCUAACCAUCCCUAAGAAGCUUGAAGAUCCAGGAAGCUUUACUUUACCUUGUGCCAUUGGGCAAUUUACUUUUGAGAGGUGUCUAUGCGAUUUGGGAGCAAGUGUGAGCCUUAUGCCUCUCUCCAUUGCUAAAAGGCUUGGCUUUACACAAUACAAGAAGUGUAGACUCUCUCUUGUGCUAGCUGAUCGCUCAGUGAAGAUUCCCAUUGGUAUCCUAGAAGAUCUCCCUGUCAUGGAGCAGUUGUGA